AAUGCAAGUUGGAAUGAAUAAAUUUGGUUUUUCAUUUGAUAAAAAGAUUGGAAGUGGUUCUUUUGGAUAAAUAUUUCUUGGUAAAACUCAAAUAGAAUUAUAGGAACUAACAAAUAGACGGGUUAAGAAGUUGCCAUUAAAUUAGUAAUUUGAUAGUAUUUUAUUUAGGAAAUAGUAACCAUUAAACAUCCUUAAUUGUUAUUUGAAGGGAAACUUUAUAAAGUAUUAUAAGGAGGAGGUAAAUUUGAUUUGAUAUAUUUAUUUAAGUUGGAAUACCUUAAGCAUAUUGGUUUGGUAGUGAAAAUGAAUAUAAUAUUCUGGUUAUGGAAUUGUUGGGAUCUAACUUAGAAGAUUUAUUUAAUUAAUGUAAGAGAAAAUUCUCUUUGAAAACUGUUCUAAUGAUAGCUCAAUAAAUGAUUACUAGAAUUGAAUUUUUACAUAGCAAAAAUUUUAUACAUAGAGAUAUUAAGCCAGAUAAUUUCCUUAUUGGAAUUGAUAAGAGAGUUGAUACUAUUUAUGUUAUAGAUUUUGGAUUAUCUAAAAAAUUUAGGGAUACAAGAACAAGUAUUUAAUUGAAUAUAUAUUUAGAUUUACAUAUACCUUACAGAGAUGGAAAGAGUCUUACUGGAACAGCUAGAUAUGCUAGUAUUAAUACUCAUUUAGGAGUUGAAUAAAGUAGAAGAGAUGAUUUAGAAGCUAUCGGUUACGUUUUAGUAUAUUUUUUGAAUGGACAAUUACCAUGGUAAGGUUUGAAAACUGAUAACUAAAAAGAUAAAUAUGAAAAAAUAACAGAGUCUAAAAUUGGAACAACAGUUGAAAAAUUAUGUGAAGGUAUGCCAGAAGAAUUUUCAAUUUAUUUAAACUAUUGUAAAAGUUUAAAAUUUGAAGAAAGACCUGAUUAUGUAUGGUUAAGGAAAUUGUUUAAGGAUCUUUAUGGAAGAAUGAAGUAUCCUAAUGAUAACCUUUUUGAUUGGAGUACUCCUUUACUAUGA